AUGGAAGGGGGAUUUUCGUCAGAUCUUAUAGUUGAAAAUGCUCUGGUAGACAUGUAUGCAAAAUGUGGAAGCAUAGAUAAGGCACGUGAAAUGUUUGACAGAAUGCCUCAUAGAGAUGUCAUCUCGUGGAAUGCAAUGAUUGCAGGAUAUGCACAAAACGGAUUCUGCAAGGUUGCUCUCAAAAUCUUUGAAUUAAUGUUGCAUUCUAGAACAUGUCCUGACAUGAUAAGCUUUGCUUGUGUCCUGUGGGCAUGCAGCCAUGAAGGUUUAGUGGAUGAGGGCUGUACAUACUUCAAUCUCAUGAGUAACUCUUAUUGCAUUACACCUACAGUCGAUCAUUAUUUGUGUAUGGUUGACCUUCUUACACGUGCUGGCUAUCUUGAUGACGGCCUAAACUUAAUCAUUAAGAUGCCAAUUAAACCACUGGUGGUUGUGUGGAUGUGUUUUCUUGGUGCCUGUAGAUUACGUAUCAAUAUAGGUUUGGGAGUAUUCACCGCGAUGCUGCUUUUUGAUUUGGAUCCUAAAAAUGCUGCGACUUAUGUUCUUCUCUCAAACAUAUAUGCAGAAGUAGGCAGGUGGGGAGACAGAUCACAUCCACAAACACAGGAGAUCUAUACAAAGUUGGAUAAAUUGGCUUUGGAGAUGAAAGCAGCAGGGUAUAUUCCAGAUUCAAAACGUUUGCUUAAUGAUGUAGAGGAAGAGGAAAAUGAAUUAUUUCUUUAUCACCAUAGUGAAAAGCUGGCAAUUGCAUUUGGUUUGUUGAACACACCCCCUGGAACAACUAUUAGAGUUGUUAAGAACCUUCGAGUAUGUGCUGAUUGCCACACUGUAACGAAAUUUAUUUCUAAGAUUGUUGCGAGAGAAAUUAUUGUGAGAGAUGUAACUCGUUUCCAUCAUUUUAAACAGGGACUAUGUUCUUGUGGAGAUUAUUGGUGA